CAUUGACGUUUUUAAAUUUUCUAUACUGAAAACCAAAAUAAUAAAAUAUAUUCUCAAUUACACAGGAAAAUCCUACUUUUACAUUUUUAUUAAUAAAACCACUUUAAUCAAUAACUAUUAUAGUAAAUAACCCAAAUAUCGUCAAUAAUUCAUCGAUACAAAAUGGGUUAUAAUUACACCAGCAACUGAUUCCUUAAAGGGACAAUAAUGGAUACCAUCAGCAAUUUACGCUUAAAAGAUCGCGGUAUAAAACAUUUAAAAAUCUCCGAAGGAAGCAAAGUGUAUGCCAUUUACGAUUUUAAACAAGAAAUCGGCCAUGGCUCCUUCGGUGUGGUGGUGAUGGGCAUUGAGAAAGCCAACAGGAAGACGUGGGCUAUUAAAAUUGUACAUAAAAAUAUUGCGGGGACCAGCAAACUUACUGAAGUAGACAGAGAAAUAAAGAUCCUAAAAGUAGUUGAUCACAUAAACAUCAUAUAUCUUGAUAGAGUAUACGAAUCGCCCAAAAAAAUAUACAUGGUUCUGGAAUAUUGCAAAGAGGAGCUAUUCCAUGUUUAUUGUGAAAAAAGACCUUUUUCAGAGAAAGUCAGUAAAAAGGUCAUACUGCAGCUGUCUGAUGCAAUCGCAUAUUUACACGCAAACGAUAUUGUCCACAGAGAUGUUAAAAUGGAGAACAUUCUACUUGCCGACCCCCCGACCCAAGACAAGGAGGAAUAUUUCAUUAAAUUGACCGAUUUUGGCUUGAGCAUAGUUAAAAGCGGGGUCGGAGUGAAAAGUUUAAUGAGCGACUAUUGCGGCACCAUUACUUACAUGCCUCCAGAAAUCCUCCAAAUGAAAACCUAUAGUGAAUUGUGCGACGUGUGGGCCAUCGGGAUCAUCCUCUACAUGAUGUUGUACGGCCGAAACCCGUUUCAUGCCAAAACUGACGACGCCUUAAUGCAGAAAAUUUGCUACGAAGAGCCUGAUUAUGAUAAUGAGGGUAUUAGUCCCGAGGCUAUAGAGCUACUUACUUCAGUUUUGAAAAAGGAUCCGGUUCAAAGAAUGACCGCUUUACAAUUAAAAAAUAACGACUGGCUUAAUAAUAGACGCAGUAAAGGUAAUCGGGGCAAAGACCAGAAUAUUGUCGAUAUGAUGAAGCAAUUUCGGCACGAAAAUGCCCCGGCACCCUCCAGAGCCAGGGGUUUGGCAAUCUUUUAUUAGUCUUAUUUAAUAGUUAUAAGACAGUCCCCAAAUUUUAUUACAAUAAAGGUUUCCGAUUCUUUAGAGCAUCGUGGCCGACGGUCUGUUAUUAAUGGAACAUUCCAAUGCAAGAUUAAUAUCGAAAAAUAAAGAGUAGGAGUCUAAGCAUACUUAUAUAUGUAUAUAUAUUCUGUUUUAUUGUAGUUAUACAACAAUAAUAAAUUGAUGUUA